UCCUCAGCCAUUGUAAACCCUGGGAGAUAUGAGAGAGAGGGAGGCUUUGGGCCCGGCCCGGCGCUGCCACUGUUUACACAGGAAGAGGUGAGGAAUGGCCCUCAAGGCAGAGCCCAGAUCAGGCGUGCCUCUCUACCACAUUUGCAUGACUGGACAGUUUAGGAAAAUGUAUGAAGAGGCAGUGAUAACCAGGGGUAAAGAGUUGUGUUUAGUUAGCAUAGCUCCACUUUUUGUUCCUAUCAACUAAUAUAAAAUUUGCCAUCUAUAAAAUUAUUUUUUUUCAUUUGUUCUAAAUAUUUAUUCAUUUACUUGUAUAUAGCUACGUAAAACACUUGGGACUUGCUUGUGUACAACUUCAACUAAUGGGAGAUGUCAAUAUGCGUUAAGAAUGAUUUAGUGUCAGCAUGGGACCAGACUGAAUCAACACAUGUAUGAAGAACCAGGGGUUAGUUAGUGUAAUCUCAGAUCAGCUACAGUAACAGGCUCUCCCCAAGGAAGAGAGGAAGGAGGUCGGUCACAGCAGAAAAAGUACAAAGGACCUCAACAAACCUCUGUUCCCUGUGCCCUUGUGGAAGAUAUAUCCCCGUACCUCUCUCCCUCUCUCCCUCUUCCAUCCUCCCUUCUCACUAUCCUCUGGUCUUAUGGGCAGCCUUCGUCUUAUCUGGACCGUCCAGGACCAUGGCCUGUGGAAAAAUGCUGGUGUUCAGAGGAAGUGGAGGCAGUCUUCUGAGAUUGGGUGGCAAAGCACUGAUUAGUUAUGGGUCUCCCCUCGUCUUCAUGGUCCUGUCUGGAGGAAGGACUUCCUGAGCCAUCAGAGACUGCGAGAGAUAUAUGAAUCAACCUCAUAAAGUAGUCUUUAUGGCUGUUAGACUUGAGGUCACUGGCUGCAUUCUGCACAGACUGCCUAUCUGUUGGGAUUCUAUACAACUGUUUCUAGCAGUCUCCCAUUCUACUGCAGCUGCUUUGUGGGGUUACUGUGUUUGGCGGGUUGCUGUUGUGUUUGGCUACUCUAUAGGGCUUCCCUAUUAUGCCCAGGGCAGCAUGGAGAUGUUCUGUUAGGCCCAAUGCCUGAUGCACUGCUUUGGCAUGCCAGAAGCAGGAAGACAGACAAGCUGGCUAUCUGGCAGAGCCUGCUUGGAAAGAAAAGAGAGAGAGACAGAGAAGGAGGGAUGGAAGGGAGGGAGGGACUGAGGGAGAGAGAAAAAAACAGGGAGUGUGAGAGACUGCGCUCGGGAGAGGAGUUGAGUGCUCACAGUGUUUUUGACAGCAGUUUGGAGCACUAGGGAUAUCACUGGGACAUUAGAGAAGAGGCCACCACAAACAGAGUCCAUAAGGAGCACAUGGUAUGUACUAUAGGAAAGCUUUAGAGCGAUCUACUGAAGGAAAGCCUUUUGUACAGCAACAUUGCUUUUUUUACCAUGUGUUUCCUUGUUUCCUGUUAGCCAGAGGUUUCUUACUAGAGAGUGACUUGUUUCCGUAGUGCUGAUAGAGCUGUAGCUGUGUACACUAAGUAAGUUAUUAGCUGAUAAUACUGUGUUAGUACACAAUAUAUGGGAUUUAGUAGCACAGAGAAGAUUAAUGUUGUUUAGUUUGGCCUCUUUUAAUGUUGGGAUUUAAGAGGCGGUUGUUCAGUUUAGUUUGUUGAUGUUAACAGGUUUUAGUAUGCUCCCUUCUGUGUGUAUUUAUUUGUGUUUGUGUGUGUGUAUGUCUGUGUGUGUGUUUGUGUGUUCAUGUGUGUCCCUUGCGAAGUUUAUUUUUCUUUGUUUAUAGUAUUUAUUUUCACUCCAUAUACAAACAUAUACACACGAACAACAACUUACAGACGCACACAAACAAUGACUACAUGUCCUCUGCCCAGACCCAAAUGCUCACACCCCCAUCCCUACUGCCUGCAUCAUUGUUUGCCACUUGGCCUCAGUCGCCCAUGCUAUUUCAAUAAUACAUUAUUUGAUUUUUCCAUUGUGUUAUUGAUAGCGGAUUGAUUGAUUUCCACGUUUUUAGUAUACGUUUUUUCAAGAUGAGUGAUGAAAAGAGAAUCGUCCAGCCCAUUGGGUAUCUCACUACACCCCCAUAAGUUUCUAUGUAUUCCAGAAGCUAGGCUGAUUAGUGUAUUCACCUCCUGGCUCACGUGUAUGUUCUGGGUGUUCUGGGUGUCUGGAUGAGUGUGUUUUUUUGAUGAUUUAUAGAAGGGGGCUUGUCCUGGUUGUUAUUAAAUCCUUAAGAGUCUAUUGACCCGUGCGUCAAUCUAAGUAACAUAAUUUUAAAAAUCCCCAUCAAAAUCUGUCCGUUUAAGCUAGAGAUAUCCGUUUUUUUUACAUGGGCUGCGUCUCAAUCCGCCGCAUCCGCUUAUGUUGACCUUCCGCAUCUGUGGUGGAAGGUGGCUGAGCUACAGUGGUGUUUGUCAGACCAUGAGACAUUCCGAAAAUCGGUCUUCUCACAAAAUGUUUGUGGCAUCCAAACGGUUUGGCCUACACUCUAUGGAAAGAUGGUGUUUGCUCUACAAUCCCCACAAGUGUUACCGACUCGUCUGAAGGUAACACAUACAAACAAACAAAAGUAUGGAGGUAGUUUUGUGCCAACAAAAAUAAGGGGCUAAAUAUGUGUCCAAAAAAAACAAUAUAUAUCCUGAGCUUUCUUACUGUAUAUCUCCUAGAUAUAGGACAGACACUUCAGAACCUUCCAUAUGAUAUGACUGUCUUUUAUGAAUGUGUUAUUCAAUGUGUUUCUAUGGGCUAUAGUGGUAAAAGGCUUAGACUUUUAGAGGAUUAAUGGGUGCAGGUGGCACAGGGAUGAGAUAAGUGGUUUGUGUGUUUGUUCAUGGUGUGUGUGUUCGUGGUGUGUGUGGUCAUCCUGUGUGUGUUCAUGGUGUGUGUGGUCAUGUGUCUGUUUGUGGUAAGGGACCGUUUAGUUGAGCUGUUUUUGUAGACCUCUCUCUCUCUUUCGGAUUCUGUGUAGUCAGUCAUUCAGUCAUCUGUUCUAUCAUUAUUAGGUUACAUCAACACCGAACACAGCCAGUCAUGGCAUGCCCAGAAAGGCUGAAAGGCAUCGGUAUGUGUCAGCCUUUUCAUACGCUUUCAGUUUGAAGUUCUGGCCUGCCCUACACACAGUAUAAUAACCCACAGCACACAGUGUGUGUGUGUGUGUGUGUGUGUGUGUGUGUGUGUUUCUCUCUCACACACACCUGCUGUGUGUGCUCUGCUGGCACAGUGUGUGUACCUUGUGUGUGUGUGUACAUUCAACAGAUGAGUGAAUAGUUGGACAUGUUCUACUGACACUUGUCUCUGGCUGGCAUGACAGUGCAGUUGGUUGAGAUUGUGUCAUAUAGUCCUAAGAUAAAGAGUCUAAAGGUACCAUAUCCCCCAUUAGACACCUUGCUUUCUGGUGAAUUUCCAGCUCAGCUUGUCUUUUGUUGUGGGUAAAAAGUCUGUCUGCUGAUAGGAAGAAAGUGACUCCCUGGAAAAACAAAUCAUUCUAUGGAGGGAUUGAGUUCCACGUUAGACCAUUGCACCUCAACACACAUAAAGUGCCACAGUGCUUAUUGAAGAAGCAAUACCUUAGGCAAUCGGCAUGACAGGUAAAGAAGUAAUCUGGUUUUAAUGAGGAGGUUCCAGCCAGGGGCUCUGUAUCCUGGGACUCUCCUCUCGCCAUCUGCCCAGAUACAGAUACCUGGUCCGCUGCCACCCACUCCCCCCUCCCUUUGAUCCUGCUACUACUGGAAUAAGUGGGCACUUAUCUAGGCCUCUGGUCCCAACCAUGUCCCUUACACCUUGCCGUUAUUAAUCUGUACAUUAAAGUGAUUAAGUUCUAUUACACUAAUGAUACAAGCUGUUGAAUUGAUUACCUAUUUCUGCCAACUGUGCAUGCACACACGCAAGCAUGCACGCAUGCACGCACACACACACAAAUACACACACACACACACACACACACUACGCUACACUACACUACACUAUCUGUCAAUAUGAUAACAAAAGGCUGGCUGGCUGGCUGGCUGGGUGGGUUCCUCCAGGGCCCACAUACAGCCUGUGCAGUCCUGCUAGUUUAUUUCUGUCAAGCAAAACAAAAGGGUCCAAAAUAACAACAGCGACAGGCUAAAAAUAUAACUCGGUGUGUCUGUUGUCACAAGUUGCCCAACCACCUGGGCCCUGCUGUGAAGGCCAGUGGUUCUUAGGGGGUGAGGGAGUCAGUGUGUCACGCCCUGGCUCUGGGGACUCUUAAAUGUUGAGCCAGGGUGUGGAUUUUUCUAUGUUUAGUUUUCUAUGUUUUUUGUUCUAGAUCGUUUAGAUCUAUGUUGGCCAGGGUGGUUCCCAAUGAGAGGCAGCUGUAGCUCGUUGUCUCUGAUUGGGGACCAUACUUAGGCAGCCUGUUGGCACCAGUAAGUUUGUGGGAUCUUGAUCCAUAAAGGUUUGGUGUGUGUAACCUCAGGACUUCACGUAUCGUUGGUUUGUUGUUUUGGUUUUGUUUGUGUGUUAAGUACUAAUUAAAGAUGUACGCUUAUCACGCUGCGCCUUGGUUCCACGAGUCAUCAGUCAACGUGCGUGACACAGUGUGAGGGCUUGGGGAAGGUGGUCUGCUAUUCUACAGCUGUGUAGUCUCAGUGCUUGUCUCAGCUGCUGACUCUAAAUGUCAAAUGUAUUGAGGUCCAUUGUUGUGUGGACAUAGUAACAUUAUGGUCAGCUAGGUUAUUGGGAAUAGGCUUUAUGAAGUAGAAUUCUGAUAACCAGGUCUCAUCAUCUCAGUGACACAGGGAAGUAAAUCACUUUUUUAUUUCCAUGGGUAUUGUGAGGUACUACAGCCACAGUAAGAAACUAGGCAAAGGGCCUUUGAAGUUGAUUCAAGCCCCAGUUUUCCCAAGCAGCACUGAUAUGACUGUAGAAACGUAUACUCAGUGGAUCUCCAGAUCGUGACUAUAACAAAUCAACCUAUCCAACUCCUCAGUCUCCUGCCUCCCUCACUGGGCCAAACACCACUUCAUGCACCCCUUUGUCAGUUUAAUUAUUUUACCAUGGAGACAAUGCAGGAAGCCCAUGGUUGCCAGGCGAUUAAGCCUCCAUCCCAGAAACCCCCCUCCCCCGCCACUCUGGUUAGUACGGUCCACUGGGCUGAGGACUGUCGCCAGGGAGACCAGAGGUGGGAGAAUUCAUUCCAGUAAAACAACCGGGGUUGAUGGGGGUAUAUGGGUUAAGCCUUCUUUUCAUGGCUUGCCAGUAGAUUCCGGAAUUCACCAGUCCAGCACUGGGGUACCUCAUCUCAGAAACCUCUGAGUGAACUAUACUGAACAAAAAUAUAAACGUAACAUGCAACAAUUUCAAAUAUUUAACUGAAUUAUAGUUCAUAUGAGGAAAUCAGUCAAUUGAAAUAAACUCAUUAGGCCCUGAUCUAUGGAUUUCACAUGACUGGGAAUACAGAUAUGCAUCUGUUGGUCACAGAUACCUUAAAAGAAAUGGGCCUCACAAUUGGCCUCAGGAUCUCAUCACGGUAUUUCUGUGCAUUAAAAUGGCCAUCGAUAAAAUGCAAUUGUGUUCGUUGUCCGUAGCUUAUGCCUGCCCAUACCAUAACCCCACCGCCAUCAUGGGUCACUCUGUUCACAACGUCAGCAAACCGCUCGCGCACAUGAUGCCAUACACGUGGUCUGCGGUUGUGAGGCCGGUUGGACGUACUGACAAAUUCUCUGAAACGAUGUUGGAGGCGGCUUAUGGUAGAGAAAUGAACAUAAAAUAAUCUGGCAACAGCUCUGGUGGACAUUCCUGCAGUCAGCAUGCCAAUUGCAAGCUCCCUCAAAACUUGGGACAUCUGUGGCAUUGUGUUGUGUGACAAAACUGCACAUUUUAGAAUAAUCAUGCUGUUUAAUCAGCUUCUUGAUAUGCCACACCUGUCAGGUGGAUGGAUUAUCUUGGCAAAAGAGAAAUGCUUACUAACAGCAUUUUUGAGAAAUAAGCUUUUUGUACGUAUGGAACAUUUCUGGGAUCUUUUAUUUCAGCUCAUGAAAUAUGGGACCAAUACUUUACAUUUACAUUACAUUUACAUUUACGUCAUUUAGCAGACGCUCUUAUCCAGAGCGACUUACAAAUAGGUGCAUUCACCUUAUAGCCAGUGGGAUAACCACUUUACAAUGUUUUUUUUUCUUUUUUUCUUGUUUUUUUUUUGGGGGGGGGGGUAGAAGGAUUACUUUAUCCUAUCCCAGGUAUUCCUUAAAGAGGUGGGGUUUCAAAUGUCUCCGGAAGGUGGUGAGUGACUCCGCUGUCCUGGCAUCGUGAGGGAGCUUGUUCCACCAUUGGGGUGCCAGAGCAGCGAACAGUUUUGACUGGGCUGAGCGGGAACUAUGCUUCCGCAGAGGUAGGGGAGCCAGCAGGCCAGAGGUGGAUGAACGCAGUGCCCUCGUUUGGGUGUAGGGACUGAUCAGAGCCUGAAGGUACGGAGGUGCCGUUCCCCUCACAGCUCCGUAGGCAAGCACCAUGGUCUUGUAGCAGAUGCGAGCUUCAACUGGAAGCCAGUGGAGUGUGCGGAGGAGCGGGGUGACGUGAGAGAACUUGGGAAGGUUGAACACCAGACGGGCUGCGGCAUUCUGGAUGAGUUGUAGGGGUUUAAUGGCACAGGCAGGGAGCCCAGCCAACAGCGAGUUGCAGUAAUCCAGACGGGAGAUGACAAGUGCCUGGAUUAGGACCUGUGCCGCUUCCUGUGUAAGGCAGGGUCGUACUCUCAGAAUGUUGUAGAGCAUGAACCUACAGGAUCGGGUCACCGCCUUGAUGUUAGCGGAGAACGACAGGGUGUUGUCCAGGGUCACGCCAAGGCUCUUCGCACUCUGGGAAGAGGACACAACGGAGUUGUCAACCGUGAUGGCGAGAUCAUGGAACGGGCAGUCCUUCCCCGGGAGGAAGAGCAGCUCCGUCUUUGCGUUUAUAUUUUUGUUCAGUGUAGCUAUCCCUUUAAGGAUAGUGUUUUUUUCAUUGGACUUGAAAUAGCCACCAAGUAACCUCCAGAGUGACCAAAUGUCACAUCUUACACAAUGUCCCCCACUCCCUGCCUGCCCUGAAGUGACACAGGGUUGACACAGUCCUGUCUGAGGGUUGGGUUGAUAGUGUGUCACAGCACGUCUGUGUAGAAUGUCAUAGCAACUUGUCUGGGACAACCACACACACACAUUGCCCACGUUUCUCUCGCUCUCACCCUUCUCUCUUUACUUCAUCUCUGGCACACACACCUCCCUGCCUCAGUCUUCUUCCCAUCUGUUUCAGGUCACCUUCCAUCCUCCCUUCCUCUCCUCUCUCUCUCCAGGCUGUACCAGUGAAGCUGUCCCUGGAUGCUUUGUUGCAGAUGUCCAGUUGUCAGGUGCAGGACACCAUGAGACGGCUGGGCUCCAACCCAGAGGAGUGCUCUCGACUCACCGCUGCCCUCUCCUGCCUGAAGAGUGCCACUGAGACAGGUCAGUCACACCAUUAUGUUCUUUUUCUGUCAUUAAUAACUGUGCUUAUUGAUGCUGUGUGCUCUGUAGUUGAGUACUGUUUGUAACUCUAACCUCUGACCUCUGCUUUAGGUGGGGACGUCAGGGAAGACACAGGAACCUGGAUAUCAGAGUCACCCCGCCAUGACAGUAACACUUUACCUCCUCCGGACCGUCGCCCCUCCACCCCCGCCACACUACCCCGUGGCUCCAUCCUCAGUCCCCACACCCAUGCCCGUUCUGUCUCUGUGACUGUUGUACCCAGUGUGGACGAUAAGGGGCAUCAAGUCUACACAGGCGACAUGUCUGACGUUUUCCCCUCCUCGCCGCUGCUCCUGUCCAAUUCCCCUCCCUCCAAGAGACGCACCAAGCACCCCCCACGUACGCCCCCGCCCCUUUCCCGAAAGCUGCUGCAACUCCCCUUCAACAUCACCCUCACAAGCAGCAAGAGCGACGAGUCACAACUGGCCAAUCGCAUUGAAGAGCCAGUGCCCAACAACAAGUGGGUUUCUCUAUUCUUUCUUCUGAAAUUAAUUAUGGCAGCCAUUUUGCUGUUUUCCUUUGUUGAUUGAACUAGCUAUUUUGUGUUUUCUCUGUUGAUUAUGAGUGGCCAUUUUCAUCGCAAGUGUGGGUGUUUGAGUCAAAACCUAUGGAAUGAGUUGCUUUCUGUGUGAAUGAUGUGUCUGUUCUCUGAGUGACCCACACAGCUAACCCUCUCUCUGUUCUGCAGGGGUGGGAAGAAGAACAAGCUGCUCCUGAACGUGCACAUCAACAGUAGCAGUGGGAACGGGUGUGAAGACUCUGCACGCACCCCUGGCCCGGCAACCGCCCCCUACACCCUCCCAGGCACCCCUACGCUGCUGGAGCGUGAGUCCUGAUGCCCCAGUGGAACCUGGGAACUCUGCUUUUCUGCGUUUCCCUCUCUCUCUUUUCCUCCCUUUCUGUUUCCCUCAUAAUCAAUUAGAACUCCAUCACUUUUCUCCUCUCUUUCUGUCUCCCACUGUUUGUUUCUCUCUCUCUCUUCCCCCGCCUCCCUCUUCCUAUCUCUUGUCCUCUGUUCCCUUUUCUGUCUAGCUCCUCUCACACUCCCUCUCUCUCAUUUCCUUCCAGAUAACCUGGCAUUGUACCGGGGGUCUCCACAGAUAAUGAGGAGAGAUAUCGGCCUCUCUGUAACACACAGGUAGGACACAUCAUCAUCAUGCUUACGUAUAUAUUGUUUAAGCUCUAGAGGCCCGAUGGGUCUUAGUGGGGUAUGUGAAAAAAAAUACAUUCCCGGUUUUGAGCUCAGCGUUCUACCUUGGCGCAGACCCCAAACAUUUCUUGCAUCGGUCUGGUGAGAAUGGCGCCUCAAGAAUCUUAGAAUUUGAGUUAUGCAGACACUCAGUUAGAUCCAGUGUUAAUCUGACUGGAAAGUGUGUAUUUAUUCAUUUUGAUCUUGCGUAAAAGUUUUGGGAAAAGAGAUACCAGAUUCCAAUGAAAACCAUUUGGGAUCUGGCAGAAUUCCAACACAUAAACUUCUCGGGAACAUUCUAGUUUGUCCACUACCCAGUAGGCAACUCCAACAUUAGAAGUUGUGAUAUAAGUGAAAUAUAUUAAUGUUUUGCUUCUCUCUCUCCUUCUAAGGUUUUCAACCAAAUCCUGGCUCUCACAGACAUGCCAGGUGUGUCAUAGGAACAUGAUGUUUGGUGUUAAGUGCAAACACUGCAAGUAAGAAGAAGCCUUCUGUACAGUGCAUUCGGAAAGUAUUCAGACCACUUGACUUUUUCCACAUUUGGUUACGUUACAGCCUUAUUCUAAAAUAGAUUAAAUUAAAUGUUUUCCUCAUCAAUCUACACACAAUACCCCAUAAUGACAAAGUGAAAACAGGUUUUUAUACACUUUUGCAAAUUUAUAAAAAAUAAAAAACAGAAAUACCUUAUUUACAUAAGUAUUCAGCCCCUUUGCUAUGAGACUCGAAAUUGAGCUCAGGUGCAUCCUGUUUCCAUUGAUCAUCCUUGAGAUGUUUCUACAACUUGAUUGGAGUCCACCUGUGGUAAAUUCAAUUGAUUGGACAUGAAUUGAAAAGGCACACACCUGUCUAUAUAAAGGUCCCACAGUUGACAGUGAAUGUCAGAGCAAAUACCAAGCCAUGCCACAGGAUUGUGUCGAGGCACAGAUCUGGGGAAGGGUACCAAAACAUUUCUGCAGCAUUGAAGGUCCCCAAGAACACAGUGGCCUCCAUCAUUCUUAAAUGGAAGAAGUUUGGAACCACCAAGACUCUUCCUAGAGCUGGCUUCCUGGCCAAACUGAGCAAUUGGGGGAGAAUGAAUUUGUCAGGGAGGUGACACUCUGACAGAGCUCCAGAGUUCCUCUGUAGAGAUGGGAGAACCUUCCAGAAGGACAACCAUCUCUGCAGCACUCCACCAAUCAGGCCUUUUUGGUAGAGUGGCCAGGCGGAAGCCACUCCCUCAGUAAAACGAGGGCAUUGCGUUCAUCCACCUCUGGCCUGCUGGCUCCCCUUCCUCUGCGGAAGCAUAGUUCCCGCUCAGCCCAGUCAAAACUGUUCGCUGCUCUGGCACCCCAAUGGUGGAACAAGCUCCCUCACGACGCCAGGACAGCGGAGUCACUCACCACCUUCCGGAGACAUUUGAAACCCCACCUCUUUAAGGAAUACCUGGGAUAGGAUAAAGCAAUCCUUCUACCCCCCCCCCACACACACAGCGGAGUCGCUCACCACCUUCCGGAGACAUUUGAAACCCCACCUCUUUAAGGAAUACCUGGGAUAGGAUCAAGUAAUCCUUCUGCCCCCCCCCCCCCCCCCCACACACACACACACACAGCGGAGUCGCUCACCACCUUCCGGAGACAUUUGAAACCCCACCUCUUUAAGGAAUACCUGGGAUAGGAUAAAGUAAUCCUUCUACCCCCCCCCCCCCCCCCCCACCCCACCCCACAGCGGAGUCACUCACCACCUUCCGUAGACAUUUGAAACCCCACCUCUUUAAGGAAUACCUGGGAUAGGAUAAAGUAAUCCUUCUACCCCCCCCCCCCCCCACACACAGCGGAGUCGCUCACCACCUUCCGGAGACAUUUGAAACCCCACCUCUUUAAGGAAUACCUGGGAUAGGAUAAAGUAAUCCUUCUACCCCCCCCCCAAAAAAAAAAAUUGUAAAGUGGUUAUCCCACUGGCUAUAGGGUGAAUGCAUCAAUUUGUGAGUCGCUCUGGACUAGAGCGUCUGCUAAAUGACGUAAAUGUGCCCUUGAGCAAGGCACUUAACCCUAAUUGCUCCUGUAAGUCGCUCUGGAUAAGAGCGUCUGCUAAAUGACUAAAAUGUAAAUGUAAAUGUAAAAGGCACAUGACAGCCCGCUUGGAGUUUGCCAAAAGGCACCUAAAGGACUCUCAGAACAUGAGAAACAAGAUUCUCUGGUCUGAUGAAAACAAGAGUAAAGUCUUUGGCCUGAAUGCCAAGCGUCACGUCUGGAGGAAACCUUGCACCAUCCCUACGGUGAAGCAUGGUGUGGCAGCAUCAUGCUGUGGGGAUGCUUUUCAGUGGCAGGGACUGGGAGACUAGUCAGGAUCGAGGGAAAGAUGAAUGGAGCAAAGUACAGAGAGAGAUCCUUCAUGAAAACCUGCUCCAGAGCGCUCAGGACCUCAGACUGGGGCGAAGGUUCACCUUCCAACAGAACAAUGACCCUAAGCACACAGCUAAAACAACGCAGGAGUGGCUUCGGGACAAGUCUCUGAAUGUCCUUGAGUGGCCCAGCCAGAGCCUGGACUUGAACCCGAUCGAACAUCUCUGGAGAGACCUGAAAAUAUGACGCUCCCCAUCCAACCUGACAGAGCUUGAGAGGAUCUGUAGAGAAUAAUGAGAGAAACUCCCCAAAUACAGGUGUGCUAAGCUUGUAGCAUCAUACCCAAGAAGACUCGAGGCUGUAAUCGCUGCCAAAGCUGUUUCAGCUAAGUACUGAGUAAAGGGUUUGAAUACUUAGGUAAAUGUGUUAUUUCCGUUUUUCUAAAAAACAGUUUUUGCUUUAUGGCAUUAUGGGCUAUUGUGUGUAGAUUGAGGGGAAAAAAACAAUUUAAUCCAUUUUAGAAUAAGACUAACGUAUCAAAAUGUGGAAAAAGUCAAGGUGUCUGAAUACUUUCCGAAUGCACUGUACAUCUCCGCUUUUAUUUGUUCACAAGUCAGUCUCUGCUCCUCUGCGAACUACUGUCUCCUCUGCUUCCAGGUUAAAGUGCCAUAACAAAUGUACCAAAGAAGCCCUUCCCUGCAGGAUAUCUUUUCUACCAUGUAAGCCCUGGUCUAUUCUUGCAUACAAAAUGACAAAAAUGCACAGUGUAAUUAUCCUUUUCCCAAUACAUCCCAAGAAUGUCAAUGGAGGAUUGAAUAAUUGUUCCCUUAUAUUUCAGUCCCGCAAAUCCGCCGGGCAGAAUCUGUACCGUCCGAUAUCAAUAAUCAAAUUGACCGUACGGCAGAGUUACCAAUCCAGUUUGGCACUUUACCUAAGGUGCUAACCAAAAAGGUAGAAAAAAGUGUUUUAGCAUACAUCUACAUUUACGUCAUUUAGCAGACGCUCUUAUCCAGAGCGACUUACAAAUUGGUGCAUUCACCUUAUAGCCAGUGGGAUAACCACUUUACAAUGUGUUUUUUAUUUUUUUAUUUUUUUUUGCGGGGGGGGGGGUUGGGGUAAGGGAGGGGUAGAAGGAUUACUUUAUCCUAUCCCAGCAUACAUGUAUGCAUGUGUAUUAAUAGUAAAGUUACCAUACAUGGAACCUCUAAUUUGUCCUGAACCUUAAUUUAUGAAACCUUUCUGUUGAAAACCCUCUUUCAGGACUACCCUCCCAUGCUGAGCCAAAUGGAUUCCAGCAGUAACCCCUCCUCCACCACUUCCUCUACGCCCUCCUCGCCCACCCCCUUCCAGCAGAGCAACCCCCCCAGCGUCACCGCCACACCGCCCCCCAAUCCCUCGCCCGGACCCCAGGGGCCCCGAGACAGCCGCUUCCACUUCCCAGGUCCUCACAAUGACAGGCCCUUACAGGCCCAAGCACUCUCUAGAUUCCUACUCUGUUCCUCUCACAACACUAAACUCCAAAUCUACCCUAAGCCAGUAAUAGCACACCUCUAAUUAUAUUCAAAUUCUUAAAUCGCUCUUAAUUUGCUCUUUUACCACUAAUCAUAUAAUAUAUCCUAUUAUAACAUCUCCUUAACUGCUUGUGGCUUGUCUAGGCUUGUCUAACCCAAUCAUAUCGCUCUCUCGUCUCCGUUUUCCUCUGCUGGUGGUUUCUCCUCUUGUCCUUUAGCUGGCUGUUAUUUACAACCUAGACAACAGUUUUUCUUCCCUGGUGAGUUAACACCGCUCCUUCCCUGUGUGUCCUAUAGUCCCGCCCUACUCGUACAGUACCGGGCCCUUUUCAUGUUCUCUCUCUCCCCAUGCUGAUGGAAGUGGCCUGAGUUGAUGCUUUGCUGCAGUGGCUUACUAUGACUCAUGCUAUGUUGUGGGAGGGUUCAUGGGGGUGGGGGGGGGGGUCACCUUGGGCAUGGCUGCAAUGACAUGUGUUGUCUUCUGCCACUAGCUUAUGACAAGCUUUUAGCAGAGCCGUAAUAUUACAUGCUGAUAGCUUUGGCUUUUACAGUGCAGGCCUGCCCUCUGGGGGACAAAGAGGUGAACUGACUGACUGUGCUGCUUGGCGCUGUGUAUGGUUUGACAGAGUUAGAGGCAGCUAUCACAAUUUAGAAGAUAUAUGCUCUGAAGUGCAGUGAAGAUAGAUUGGCUUAGUCACAUAAUAGUUUUACUAUGAAUCAGAUAUUUGUGUUCCUUUGCUCAACAUCCUCAUUGUCCCACACACAGACACUUCCUCUUCAACUUUUCCUGUUGGACUACACUCUGAAGGAUACCAUGGCACUGGGUAAGAGGCAACAGCUUUUAAUGACAAGGUCACUGUAGAGUCUGAGUAAAGACCAUUUAAAAUGCUGUGGUUUUUCACCCACAUUGUCUACUGUAAGUCCACCAUAGUUUCUGCUAGACAGGGUUAGGUUAAAGUUAGGAACCCCUGUUUAUGGUGAUGUUUGUCCCCACAGAGACACACAGCAACUGGCCCAAUCAGAACCUCCAUCUCAGGGACAGGAAGGAGGAGCGGUGAGUACCCAAAAUCCCCAGCGGCAGGAAUAUAAUAAUAAUAAGAAGAAGAAUAAUAAUAAUAAUAAUAAUAAAUUACAUUUGUAAAGCGCUUUUCAUUAUACAACAAUAAUCUCAAAGUGCAUAUAAUUUAAUAGAAAAUAGAUAAAUAGUAAAAAAACAUAUGUACAGUGCAUUUGGAAAGUAUUCAGACCCCUUUGACUUUUUCCACAUUUUGUUAAGUUACAGCCUUAUUCUAAAAUGGAUUAAAUAACAACAUUUCCUCAUCAAUCUACACACAGUACCCCAUAAUGAGAAAGCGAAAACAGUUUUUGUAGAAAUGUGUGCUAAUUUAUUAAAAAUAUAAAACAUAAAUACCUUAUUUACAUAAGUAUUCAGACCCUUUGCUAUGAGACUCAAAAUGUUGCUCAGGUGCAUCCUGUUUCCAUUGAUCAUCCUUGAGAUGUUUCUACAACUUGAUUGGAGUCCACCUGUGGUAAAUUAAAUUGAUUGGACAUGAUUUGGAAAGGCACAUACCUUUUUAUAUAAAGGUCCAACAGUUGACAGUGCAUGUCGUAGAAUUGUCCGUAGAGCUCCGAGACAGGAUUGUAUCAAGGCACAGAUCUGGGGAAGGGUACCAAAACAUUUCUGCAGCAUUGAAGGUCCCCAAGAACACAGUGACCUCCAUCAUUCUUAAAUGGAAGAAGUUUGGAACCACCAAGACUCUUCCUAGAGCUGGCCGCCCGGCCAAACUGCGCAAUCGGGGGAGAAGGGCCUUGGUCAGGGAGGUGACCAAGAACUCGAUGGUCACUCUGACAGAGCUCUAGAUUUCCUCUUUGGAGAUGGGAGAACCUUCCAGAAGGACAACCAUCUCUGCAGCACUCCACCAAAUCAGGCCUUUUUGGUAAAUUGGCCAGACGGAAGCCACUCCUCAGUAAAAGGCACAUGACAGCCUGCUUGGAGUUUGCCAAAAGGCACCUAAAGACUCUCAGACCAUGAGAAACAAGAUUCCCUGGUCUGAUGAAAACAAGAUCGAACUCUUUGGCCUGAAUGCCAAGCGUCACGUCUGGAGGAAACAUUGCACCAUCCCUACGGUGAAGCAUGGUGGUGGCAGCAUCAUGCUGUGGGGAUGUUUUUCUGCAGCAGGGACUGGGAGACUAGUCAGGAUCGAGGGAAAGAUGAACGGAGCAAAGUACAGAGAGAUCCUUGAUGAAAACCUGUUCCAGAGCGCUCAGGACCUCAGACUGGGGCGAAGGUUCACCUUCCAACAGGACAAUGACCCUAAGCACACAGCCAAGACAACGCAGGAGUGGCUUCGGGACAAGUCUCUGAAUGUCCUUGAGUGGCCCAAUCAGAGCCCGGACUUGAACCCGACCUAACAUCUAUGCAGAGACCUGAAAAUAGCUAGGCAGCAACGCUUCCUAUCCAACCUGACAGAGCUUGAGAGGAUUUGCAGAGAAGAAUGGGAGAAACUCCCCAAAUACAGGUGCGCCAAGCUUGUAGCGUCAUACCCAAGAAGACUCAAGGCUGUAAUCACUGCCAAAGGUGCUUCAACAAAGUACUGAGUAAAGGGUCUGAAUACUUAUGUAAAUGUGAUGUUUUUUAUUAUUAAUAAAUUGGUGUGUAGAUUGAUGAUUAAGAAAACAAUUAAUUUAAUCAAUUUUAGAAUAAGGCUGUAACAUAACAAAAUGUGGAAAAAGUCAAGGUGACUGAAAACUUUCUGAAUGCACUGUAUAUCUAACCAUACCAUGAAAGCAACAAUCAAAGUCUAGGAGAAGGGUAGGCCAGCUGAUAGAGAUGAGUCUUAAGGCCUGCUUUAAAAGCCCCAACAGUCUGAACAGCCUUGAGAUUAUCGGGGAGGGAGUUCCAUAGGCAUGGUGCGUGGGAGGAAAAGGCACGGUCCCCCAUUGUGCGGAGCCUGGUCCUGGGGGCAUGGAGGAGUUUAGCGUGGCUUGAACGUAGGGGGCGUGGAGGUUCAUGGGGGAGAGUAGGUCUGACAGGUAGGUGGGUCAGAUGCCAUUUACGUUUUUUCAGACAAGGAGGAGAAUGUUAAAGUCAAUUCUUUGAGGAACAGGUAGCCAAUGGAGAUCCGCAAAUACUUUUUUGUUGGUGUCAGAAUCCUUGCAGCACUGUUUUGGAUGAGCUGUAAUUGAUUCAUUGAAUUUGUAGGCAGGCCCCCAAGUACUGCAUUCCCAUAAUCAAUUCUGGAGAAAAUGAAUGCAUGGAUUAGUUUUUCUGCAUCAGAUGUGGUGAGAGAGGGUCUUAGGCGGGAGAUGUUCUUCAGCUGAAAGAAUGGCGUUUUACAAACUUGACUAAUGUGGGCAUUGAAGGAGAGAGCAGGGACGAAUUUCACACCCAAAUUAUUGAUGACCGAGGAGAGGGGGAUGAUGUGGCCAAGUAUGCUGCAGGAGUUGGUGAUCUACUGGGGGAUGCCUAUCAGCAUUGCCUCUGCCUUGUUGCUGUUGAGUUGGAGGAAGUUGGUCUGCAUCCAAGAUUUGCCCUCUCCAGACGGUUGGACAAUGUUGACAGAGGAGAUGUUGUAUCAGGCUUUGUUUAAAUGUACACCUGUGUGUCGUCUGCGUAGCAGUGGAAUUGGAUGCUGUGCUGUCUGAAGAUCUGGCCAAGUGGGAGCAUGUAGAGUAGGAAGAGGACAGGUCCUAACACCUAACACUGCAGGCUAUGCUGGACUUCUCUGAUCUUGCCUCACUGAGUGAGGGUGAUGUACUGCAUGCGGUUAGAGAGGUAGGAGUUAAACCAGUUUAGGGCAGUCUCACCGAUGGCAGUGUUCUCUCUGAGGUGCUGUAGUAGAAUGGUGUGAUCUACUGUGUCAAAAGCAGCAGUGAGGUCCAGAAGAAUCAAGAUGAGCAGGUCAUUUACAACCUUCACCAGGGCUGUCUCAGUACUGUGCAUAGGCCUAAAGCCAGACUGGAGAGCUUCAUAAAGCUGGUUAGCACUGAGGUGUGAGUGAAGCUAAGUUACCACUAUCUUCUCCAGGACUUUAGAUACAGUUGAAGUCGGAAGUUUACAUACACUUAGGUUGGAGUCAUUAAAACUUGUUUUUCAACCACUCCACAAAUUUCUUGUUAACAAAAUAUUGUUUAGGCAAGACGGUUAGGACAUCUACUUUGUGCACGACACAAGUAAUUUUUCUAACAAUUGUUUACAGACAGAUUAUUUCACUUAUAAUUCACUGUAUCAAAAUUCCAGUGGGUCAGAAGUUUACAUACACUAAGUUGACUGUGCCUUUAAACAGCUUGGAAAAUUCCAGAAAAUGAUGUCAUGGCUUUAGAAGCUUCUGAUAGGCUAAUUGACAUCAUUUGAGUCAAUUGGAGGUGUACCUGUGGAUGUAUUUCAAGGCCUACCUUCAAAUUCAGUGCAUCUUUGCUUGACAUCAUGGGAAAAUCAAAAGAAAUCAGCCAAGACCUCAGAAAAAGAAUUGUAGACCUCCACAAGUCUGGUUCAUCCUUGGGAGCAAUUUCCAAACGCCUGAAGGUACCACGUUCAUCUGUACAAACAAUAGUACGCAAGUAUAAACACAGUGGGACCAUGCAGCCGUCAUACAGCUUAGGAAGGAGACGCGUUCUGUCUCCUAGAGAUUAACGUACUUUGGUGCGAAAAGUGCAAAUCAAUCCCAGAACAACAGCAAAGGACCUUGUGAAGAUGCUGGAGGAAACAGGUACAAAAGUAUCUAUGUCCACAGUAAAACGAGUCCUAUAUCGACAUAACCUGAAAGGCCGCUCAGCAAGGAAGAAGCCACUGCUCCAAAACCGCCAUAAAAAAGCCAGACUACGGUUUGCAACUGCACAUUGGGACAAAGAUCGUACUUUUUGGAGAAAUGUCCUCUGGUCUGAUGAAACAAAAAUAGAACUGUUUGGACAUAAUGACCAUCGUUAUGUUUGGAGGAAAAAGGGGGUGGCUUGCAAGCCGAAGAACACCAUCCCAACCGUGAAGCACGGGGGUGGCAGCAUCAUGCUGUGGGGUGCUUUGCUGCAGGAGGGACUGGUGCACUUCACAAAAUAGAUGGAGUCAUGAGGAAGGAAAAUUAUGUGGAUAUAUUGAAGCAACAUCUCAAGACAUCAGUCAGGAAGUUAAAGCUUGGUCGCAAAUGGGUCUUCCAAAUGGACAAUGACCCCAAGCAUACUUCCAAAGAUGUGGCAAAAUGGCAUAAGGACAACAAAGUCAAGGUAUCUCAAUCCUAUAGAAAAUGUGUGGGCAGAACUGAAAAAGCGUGUGUGAGCAAGGAGGCCUACAAACCUGACUCAGUUACACCAGCUCUGUCAGGAGGAAUGGGUCAAAAUUCACCCAACUUAUUGUGGGAAGGCUACCCAAAACGUUUGACCCAAGUUAAACAAUUUAAAGGCAAUGCUACCAAAUAUUAAUUGAGUGUAUGUAAACUUCUGACCCACUGGGAAUGUGAUGAAAGAAAUAAAAGCUGAAAUAUAUCAUUCUCUCUACUAUUAUUCUGACAUUUCACAUUCUUAAAAUAAAGUGGUGAUCCUAACUGACCUAAGACAGGGAAUUUUUACAAGGAUUAAAUGUCAGGAAUUGUGAAAAACUGAGUUUAAAUGUAUUUGGCUAAGGUGUAUGUAAACUUCCGACUUUAACUGUAGAAAAGGGAGGUUGGAAAUAGGCCUGUAGUUAGAGAGGUCUUGAUCAAGGAAUGGUUUCUUGAGCAAGGGGGUGAUUGCAGCGAUGUUGAACAGUGACGGCACCUGCCCAGUGUGGAGAGAAUUGUUGAACAGGUUGAGAGCAACUGAGCAUGUUUUGAACAGUGAUGUUACAAUAGGGUCGUGGGGGCCACUGGUAGUCUUCCUUUUUUAGAUGAUUUCUAACACAGCAGCAGGUGAGACCAGAGCUAAAUCACUUAGAGGAGGGUCAGAUAUGGGUUGUGGGGUAGGAGCCAGAGUGGGGUUGAGGUUGGAGGAUACAAUGUUCUGUCGAAUGGUGUUGAUUUUAGCCUUGAAGAACUCAGCAAAAUCGGUUGCAUUGUUCUGUACUUCCUGAAGAAGUGAAAGAGAAGACGGUUAAAUUUUUUUGCAAUGGUGAAACCACCUAGCAGCAUAACCUGAUCAAGUGAUAGUUCUCUAGUCUAGUUAAUUAUGUUGUGCAAUGAUACUGACAUGAUCAUUUUACCAUAUAGAAAACUUAAAAGAUUGGUUCUCUGUUUUGGUUUCAGUUGUUAUUCCAAUCUCUCUACCUGUGCUGUUGUGUGCAAAUAAAUCAGCUAAAAAAUCGAAUAGACUUCUGAAACUGAUUUCCAGAAAUCUGCAAUUGAUUGAAUACCGGCCUAAGUGUAUGUUUUGUUUGGAUUGACAUGACACAAUUUGUGCAUGCUUUGUCUCUGUGUAUUCAGGAAGAGGAGGCAGAAGAGGAGGAAUACCCAGGAGAGGAGGAUGAGGGAAACAGUAGCAGGGAGGGCAGAGAGAAGGGCCACUCAAACGGAGAGUGUGAUGGGGACGAGCUAGAGGACCUUCCCAGCUACCGGGGCCGGAUGGCCGGGGGCCGAUGGAAGGGGCCCAUCUCCCGUAAGGCCAGCCAGACCAGUGUGUACCUGCAGGAGUGGGACAUCCCCUACGAGCAGCUGGAGCUGGGGGAGCUCAUUGGCAAGGUGAAUGACUACAGCUUUACAUAGUGCUAAAUAUACACUCAGUGGUCAGUUUAUUAGGUACACCACCUCAUUCAUGAAAAUGGUUAGCUCCUACAGACAGUGAGUCACGUGGCCGUGGCUUGCUAUAUAACGCAGGCAGACAGGCAUCGAGUAUAUCUACAAAUAGGUGGGGUAGUAGGGCUCAUAUUCAAAGUGAAUUGGUAUCUGCAUGUCUCCUUUAAAAAUAAAGGCCAAUGGACUCAAUUAGAGUUCCUUGAACAGGAACAGAAAAAAAUAGGCUACAAGGUAGCUAAUAACACAAGUACCCAUACUGUACCUCCCUAUUCCAGGGCCGUUGGGGGAAGGUGCAUAAGGGGCGCUGGCAUGGAGAGGUGGCCAUCCGGCUGCUGGAGAUAGAUGGUAAUAACCAGGACCACCUGAAGCUGUUUAAGAAGGAGGUGAUGAACUACAGACAGACCCGCCACGAGAACGUGGUCCUCUUCAUGGGGGCCUGCAUGGCCCCACCACACCUCGCCAUCAUCACCAGGUUAGGGGGAGGGAAGGGGAAAAGGGAGGUGGGGAUGGUUAGAGGAGUUGAGUAGGGAAAAGCUGGAACCCGUGAAUCAAUCUAUGAGAGGUAUUAAAUGUGUCUUGGUUUAACAGACGAGGAAACCAGGAAAGGCUUUGUUUUGAAAAACGAGUUGAUCCAGUGUUAUAUUUUUACUCCCUUUCCCCCCUGACAUUUCCUCUUGUUUCUUUCAGUUUCUGCAAAGGUCGGACACUAUUCUCUGUUGUAAGAGAUGCCAAAAACACGCUAGACAUCAACAAGACAAGGCAGAUCGCUCAGGAAAUUGUUAAGGUGUGGUACUACUCGACUUCUCUUGAAUUGUAAGUAGCUUACAUUUCCUUUCACUGAAAGAGACUCAACUCUGACCUCUUCCUCAGGGUAUGGGCUACCUUCAUGCUAAAGGAAUCGUUCACAAGGACCUGAAGUCCAAGAAUGUGUUCUAUGACACAAACAAAGUGGUAAUCACAGACUUUGGUCUUUUUGGAAUAUCCGGAGUGGUACAAGAGUACCACAAGAGGUAAGCAAAAACACACUUUUUAAAAAGUUAAACACUGAGGAGUAUACUUCUACACCUUUUGAGUCCAUCUGUGGGUGUCUGUUUGUGUGUCUGGAUCUGUGUCUGUGUGUGUGUCCAGGCGAGAGAACGAGCUGAGGCUCCCUCAUGGCUGGAUCUACUACCUGGCCCCUGAGGUCGUCCGCAGGAUGGGCACUGGGAACCAUGAGGACCGCCUGCCUUUCUCCAACACUGCAGACGUCUACGCCUUUGGGUGCACACCACUUAUCUUACAUCCUGCCAUAAUAAUACUGCAUUUACUUAAAUAUAGGACAUCUGAAUGCUUUUAGAAAAUUUAGCUCAAAACAAACAAUACUGGAUUUUUGGGGAGACAUACAGUGGGGAGAACAAGUAUUUGAUACACUGCCGAUUUUGCAGGUUUUCCUACUUACAAAGCAUCUAGAGGUCUGUAAUUUUUAUCAUAGGUACACUUCAACUGUGAGAGACGUAAUCUAAAACAAAAAUCCAGAAAAUCACAUUGUAUGAUUUUAAAGUAAUUCAUUUGCAUUUUAUUGCAUGACAUAAGUAUUUGAUCACCUAUCAACCAGUAAGAAUUCCGGCUCUCACAGACCUGUUAGUUUUUCUUUAAGAAGCCCUCCUGUUCUCCACUCAUUACCUGUAUUAACUGCACCUGUUUGAACUCGUUACCUGUAUAAAAGACACCUGUCCACACACUCAAUCAAACAGACUCCAACCUCUCCACAAUGGCCAAGACCAGAGAGCUGUGUAAGGACAUCAGGGAUAAAAUUGUAGACCUGCACAAGGCUGGGAUGGGCUACAGGACAAUAGGCAAGCAGCUUGGUGAGAAGGCAACAACUGUUGGUGCAAUUAUUAGAAAAAGGAAGAAGUUCAAGAUGACGGUCACUCACCCUCGGUCUGGGGCUCCAUGCAAGAUCUCACCUCGUGGGGCAUCAAUGAUCAUGAGGAAGGUGAGGGAUCAGCCCAGAACUACACGGCAGGACCUGGUCAAUGACCUGAAGAGAGCUGGGACCACAUUCUCAAAGAAAACCAUUAGUAACACACUACGCCGUCAUGGAUUAAAAUCCUGCAGCGCACGCAAGGUCCCCCUGCUCAAGCCAGCGCAUGUCCAGUGUCCAUGUCUGAAGUUUGCCAAUGACCAUCUGGAUGAUCCAGAGGAGGAAUGGGAGAAGGUCAUGUGGUCUGAUGAGACAAAAAUAGAGCUUUUUGGUCUAAACUCCACUCGCCAUGUUUGGAGGAAGAAGAACGAUGAGUACAACCCCAAGAACACCGUCCCAACCGUGAAGCAUGGAAGUGGAAACAUCAUUCUUUGGGGAUGCUUUUCUGCAAAGGGGACAGGACGACUGCACCGUAUUGAGGGGAGGAUGGAUGGGGCCAUGUAUCGCGAGAUCUUGGCCAACAACCUCCUUCCCUCAGUAAGAGCAUUGAAGUGGCCUAGCCAGUCUCCAGACCUGAACCCAAUAGAACAUCUUUGGAGGGAGCUGAAAGUCCGUAUUGCCCAGCAACAGCCCCGAAACCUGAAGGAUCUGGAGAAGGUCUGUAUGGAGGAGUGGGCCAAAAUCCCUGCUGCAGUGUGUGCAAACCUGGUCAAGACCUACAGGAAACGUAUGAUCUCUGUAAUUGCAAACAAAGGUUUCUGUACCAAAUAUUAAGUUCUGCUUUUCUGAUGUAUCAAAUACUUAUGUCAUGCAAUAAAAUGCAAAUGAAUUACUUAAAAAUCAUACAAUGUGAUUUUCUAGAUUUUUGUUUUAGAUUCCGUCUCUCACAGUUGAAGUGUACCUAUGAUAAAAAUUACAGACCUCUACAUGCUUUGUAAGUAGGAAAACCUGCAAAAUCGGCAGUGUAUCAAAUACUUGUUCUCCCCACUGUACAUUAAUCGGUUGAAAUGUGGCUCCCCAUGAAAUGAAUGUGUGAGUAGGUGUAUGCUGUUUGUAUAAAGGGUUAGGACUGAGGGGCUAACAUACAGUAUAUUUCAAUCCCCAGCACCAUUUGGUACGAGCUGCAGGCCCGUGGCUGGCCACUCACCAACCAGCCGGCAGAGGCCACCAUCUGGCAGGUGGGCAGCGGAGAGGGCAUCAAGAAGGUCCUGGCAAAGGUCAGCCUGGGAAAGGAGGUCACGGUAAGGUUAAAGGUCAAAAAGCAGUUUGCGACAGUGUGAUGUCCUCUGGGAAGCUUAGUGUACUGUAUUGACAUGAUAAUAAACCAAACAAUAUUAUUCUCAGUGUGCGAGUGAUAUCAUAAAACAGACUGACACCAGUGCCAAAACCUUUGAAUGGAUUAUUAUCUACAUUGUGUGUAUAGCUAUAAUGAUGGAUGUAGGAUUAGAUAAAUACCCCCCCCACCACCUGUCCUGUAGGAGAUUCUGUCUGCCUGUUGGUCCUUCAAGCCGGAAGAGCGUCCCUCCUUCACCCAGCUGACUGACAUGCUGGAGAAGCUGCCAAAGCUCAACCGCAGGCUCUCCCACCCAGGACACUUCUGGAAGUCAGCCGAGUAUGUAUCCUAAAGACCAGGAUCCCAUUCGAGAUAUACUGUAUAUACUCACUGUAUAUAUUUAUGAUACUUCUCCUACGUCUAUGGGGAUGCCACUCUGAUGGCUUUGGGUUCACUCAUGGCUCACAAUGUACCUGUUGAUCCCUGUCCCUCCAGUGAUGUCACAUUGGAUGGAGCCAGGAGAACAUGGGGUGUUUGUAUGAGUGUGUGAAUAAUGUGUUUAUGGUGGAGGGGGGUAGCCCUCUGACAACCCUGGGCCUACUGUAUGUUUUCUUGAUUUAAAUAACUAAAAGGGAUGACUGUGAUGCAAAUCACCAGCUUUAUACAGUGAGAAGAAAUGUUGUCUUCAAUAGAGAAUCUUUGCUAAAAGAUAGAAAUGUGAUCAUUUUUAAGUAAAGGUUGAACAGGACAAAAGGUGAAAUAGCCUGUUGAAACUGUUUGGUUUGUGACUGUUCAUUUCAGAGCUGAUUGUUUUGGUUCCCUAAAUCUGUCCAUGUUUUAAAAGAGAGGAUACUUUAUAAUAGCACCACCCACUACCCUUCUCCCUGUCUCCAUGCUGUCCAUCUCUGUGGGCAGUGAUUGGAGGCUUGAGUGUCCCACCUCUCCUGUGUCCCCCUUUCUGUGAAUAUUUCUGUCAUACCUCUCUCUUGACAUCUCUGUUUGGGUCUCACUCACUCCCUCCCUCCCUCUCGUCUUCUCUGGGUGCUGCUGCUCUCUCCUGGAUGACCACUGACUGACUUCACCUGUUCCUGCUCCUCUUCACCCUCCCUGUCUCCCUUGGACCCCUCCUCCUCCUUCUCCACCUCCUCUUUACUGCCAACCCCCUCAAACCCCCUCCCCAACACCAAUGUUUAUUUCCCCAUAUUAUUUUUUCCAUCCUCCGUGCACAUCUUCUCCUGUUGAAUCAUCCCUCCUCCGCUCCUCUCCUUGAUCUGUCCCAUCAUCCUUCACUCCUUUCUCUCCGUGUGAAGGCCCUGGGUUCAUCAUCAUUGCCUGCGGGACCAUUGCAGUCAGGGCCUGCAGUCUCGCUGCCCCUACAUAUACAAAUAACACAUCUCUCAGUGGCUACUUGUGCUUAUCAAUCAUCAGGAAUAGCCUGUUUGGUAUUAGAUUCAGAGGAAUGGACUACCCUGCAGAAGGACAUCAACUGGUAUCACAGCCAAUAGAGUAACCAAUAUAUAGAGUCAUGUAUCUUUGUCAACUUGCUUAAUGUACCAUAAUGGGUUGUUUGUUAGUUUCUUGUUCUUGGACUAACUGCAGUUCAUGUAUUGACAUUUUGGUAGUAGUAGUGGCUAAUGCAAACAGUCUAGUCUAACCGCUUUCUUUAAAUUCUCCUCUCUCACGCUCUCUUUCCCUCUCUCUCUCUCGCUCACUCUACAACUUAGGUUCUAGCAUUCAGUAUGCAAGAGGAAGUAAUAAUAUGAGGUUCAAUGUAAAAUGUUGAUUUGCCUCAUAUGCACUCUUUGUGUGCCUGUGUCAGCAUGCCCUGUGUGUGUGUAUAGGGACAUGUGUGCAUGCUUGUUUGAUUGGUAGCUGAAUGUAAUGUGCUGGACAUCCAGAGGUUAACCCUGUGAAAGACUGCAGUGAUUGAAUGUUAGCAGUGAUAACAAAGAAAUGUAUCUGAUAUAUACGUAUAUAUAGAAUUGUUUUAUUUAAUGUACAGAUAACAUUUAUUUUACUAUGUGUACAAAGUCUUUAUAUUACAUUGUACGUUACAUUAUAGGUACUUCACAUCUAAUUAUGUAGAGCUUUAAAACACUUUUUUCCCCCACAAACACUGUGUAAACAAAUUGUACAUUAAAGAUGGGUUGGUGUUUUUUAUGUCAUAAGAAUUUAUAUUUUUGUACAGAUUGUGGCUACACUAAAAGUGUUUCUGGUUUCCUCAGUGAAAGCCAAUAAAACUAAACUCAAGUAAUUUGGUUCAGUGUCUUGUUUUGGAAUGCUUACAACAGUUUGAAUGUAAUAUAAGUUAGAUCAAAAAAGGGAUCACUUUACAUUAAGGAUUCAAGCAGCUAAAUAACAAGCACACAAUUUCUACUAGACACCAUUUAUACAGUUGAUUUAUUUCCAAGUGUUUGAUUUGAUUUAAAGGGGCAAUCUGGGUUUCAAAACUUUGACCUCAAAUAUGUGUGUCACCUGACUCACCAGUUCCCAGGAGCAAGAGGAAAUGCAGAGAACAGACAUGUUCAUGACUCCCAUGAUGACCGAGACAAUGGUGGUCUUCUGGUGGUCCCAAUACACUUCUGCUACCUAUAUGCAGGAUUACAUCAAAAAGUGUGUAGUGCAAUAUACAGUAUGUGCAAAAUGUCAGUACAAACGUAAUACAUGGUUAUUUCUCUUCUAGAACAUUUUGAGACAAAUACAAAUACAUGUGUGUCUAUUUAAGGCAUUAUUACUAAAACACCAAAAUUAGAAAGAUCCUCACCGAAUCCAGGAGAGACAAAUGUAAGUGUCUAAAGCAGGGUUCUUCAAUUCCGGUCCUGGAGGGCCGAAACACUUCUGUUUUUUAUUUCUACCUGGUAGUUAAUUACACUCACCUGGUGUCCCAGGUCUGAAUUAGCCCCUGAUUAGAAGGAGAGGAUGAAAAACAGAGGUGUUUCGGCCCUCCAGGACUGGAAUUGAAGAACCCUGGUCUAAAGGACAGUGGUAGCUUACAGUUAGUUGUCUCGGUUUGAGGUGACAGUCGGGCAAUUAAUUAGGAUAUGGAAUAAGAAAUGAUUAGAAAUUAAAAAGGCGCCAUUAGGAUUACAUUUUACAUGGUGAUGUUAGCGUGCGUGCGUGGAGACAAACUGACCUCUAUACACAGCAAACUCUGUCUGUCCAACUCUGAGUCAACUUCGAUAACGUCACCUGACUGUUGAGUGAUUGCUGGUUAAUUAUUGAAAAAGCAUAAAAAUAUAUCGGCGCGCAUCGUCUCUUGAUAAGUUUAUGUGUAGGCCUACCAAUUAGGGCAAGACCGAUAUUGCGCAAAUGCAGCAGAUAUAUUUCGAGAGAGAUAACGUUAUUCCCUAGGGGAAAAAACUCAAUUUAAUCAGGGCAUUGUAAACUAGGCUACAUUGUAACUUCCUCCGCCGUCCCCUUCAAUGCACGAAAAAACGAAACUAAACUUCUCUGAAAUUCACUCAGAGGAGAGAGUUGAGCAACUGAGAAGACGCUUCGAUUUACAGUGAGAUUUGUCGAAAUGGCAUUUUAUAACCAGGAGCCUUUUUAUAAUCCGGUACGUUUAUUAUAACCAUUUAUGUGAUUUGUUGUGUUAUUUAAAAUGUAGGAGAGUUGGCCGUCUACUUACGGUCAAAUAUGGUAAUCAAAAUGCGCUCCCAUCUGCUUCUCAGUAAUAUUAUAUUUUCACAGUUAUAGUCUGCCUUUUUCUGUUCACAGAUUUAAUGCUAAAAUCAAUAGAUCCAUAGCUAGACAUUCAUAGUAUGAAUUCAUGCUAUGCUAUUGUGCCAAUUUAACAUUUAUGUUAUAAGGCUACCUAGGCCUAUUACCACACAAGCAGUUAUAGUGGAUGUAUUAAAGAGGAAAGAGUCAAUGGCCUCCAUCCUACAUAAUAGUUGUUUUCAUUUCAUUUAUCCAUUCAUAUUCAAUUCAGUUUAUCAUCAAUGAUUCUGCUCAAUAUCUGUCCCAGAGACUCCCUUUCACCGGCUCUAUCCAAGGUGGGCUUCAGGAGGGGAAGACCAUCACUAUUACUGGGAGAGUUCACCAUGGGGCGGACAGGUGGGUCACCACUCACCUAUAUAAGAUUUGAUAACACAUUUCCUUAUUCUGUCUUCGAGAGAUUCAGUGGGUGAUUUCCAGUCCAGAUAAUUCCUACUAUACAUUUUCUGCCCAGAUUCAAAACUUUGGAGAACUGUUUAACAUCUCUGGAACCACAUGAUCUCUCUCUCUCUCUCUUGCACUCUCACUUUCUCAGGUUCCAUGUGAAUUUGAAGUGUGGUUCUAGGGCAGGGGCCGACAUUGCCCUUCACUUCAACCCACGCUAUGACAGUCACCCUGGAUAUGUGGUGGCCAACACCUUGCAGCAGUCCAGAUGGGGGACAGAGGAGCGAAAGCAGCAGUCCCCCUUCCAGCAUGGCUCCGGCUUCAGCCUCGUGAUCACCGUCCAGAGGGACGCCUUCCAGGUCACCCAAACCCUCCCCUAUGAUCGUAUAUGGAGGAUACAGAUGUAGGAUCUUAAUUUGAGCCAGUUUGUUACAGCAGGAAAAUAAUCCUGCAGCAACAGGAAAUGUGAAUUAUUAUAAUUAAUGGGCUUGAUACAUUUUUCGUUAGGGCAAAUUAAGUCUGACAUUUUUAAAGGGGAAAUUACAAACAGAAGCCUUUUUAAACCUUGAAUACACUUUGAAUCUGCGCAGAAAAGUUAACAUUUCCUGUAAGCAGGAAAAUUCUCAGCAACAAAAUAGUGAUCAAAUUAAGAUCCUACAUAUGUACAUUCCGACUACACAAGAACCUUUUCAGUCUGUGACUGUAAAAGAUUAUGCUUACAGAGCUCCCCCAUGAUUCCAAUGAAGUCCGUGACUCAUGAUCUAACAUGGUGGUUCACUCUUGUUUUCUUGAAAUUAUAUGUUAUGUAUUGUAUCUUUAUUCUCUUUUUAUCUAUUUUACAGUGUGACUCUAUUUAUUCUAGUCUGUUUAGGAGUUAAAAUGGAUUUCAAUUCAUUGGCUGGAAAAUAACUUAAAUAGUUGUGAGUGACACUUGUUCUCUCAUUCACUGUCCUCAGGUCAAUAAUGACUCUGCUCAUGGUCGUUCUCUAUUCUCUGUCUUCAGUUGAAUGCGAAUGGGAACCAUUUCAUGACCUUCAAGCACCGUAUCCCGUUUUACGCCGUGGACACCAUCUCAGUCGAGGGGAAAGUGGAGGUGACCUCCAUCGCCUUUCAGAACCCUGCGGUGAGUAGUACCUAACAUAUUAGAUGGACAGAGAAUUUGAAGACAGUUCAACUGAUAUUAAGUGAUGUAAUGUCCUUCAGCCCGCCUUUCCUGCACAGCUAGGAUUUCCGGCACAAGCUGGAUUCCCUUAUAUGGGAUUUCCGGCACAACCAGGAUUACCUUAUCCGGGAUUUCCGGCACAACCAGGAUUUCCAGCACAACCAGGAUUUCCAGCACAACCAGGAUUCCCUCCUCACCCGGGAUUCCCUCCUCACCCGGGAUUUCCUUCUCAUCUGGGAUUUCCCGCACAACCAGGACGUCCAGUGAGUUAAUCUGGAUCUGAAUCAAUAAUGAUAAUUUAUUGGCCAACCACUUCUUGGUUAUCGGACUCAUUUACAUUUUUUUUGUCAGAUCUGUGAUUUGUAUUCCUUUCACUGUCUUUCAGAGUCUCUAGAUGUUGGUGCUCUUUCAGUCGACUUGGUUCGAACAUCUCACUAUGGGACAUGCCCUCUUUUGUCGGUCAUUGGUUAAAGCCUUAUUCAAUCACGCCUAACAGGCCAAUCAGAGUUUUGUGGGUGUACACCCCCCGUGUCUAUAUAACACCCUGCACUGCUCUGGUUUCCUCAUUCUUCACAUCUUCAUGAGUCUAUCUGGUUACUUGCCUGUUAAGCAGUUACCACCCCACCACAGAGCGUUGAAUGGCUUAUUUUCAGUAAGUCUGCUAACUUCAGCAGUUAGCUGUUACCUCUGUUAGCUUGUUAGCAGUGAUUUUUGUCGUUGGCUAGCUACAGUACACCUGUUGCCUGGCCUACACACAAUUGCUGUUGUUAGCUAGCUAGCUCCACUGCUUUAGCAUCCCGCUAAAAGCAAGUUCCCACAAAUUUUAGCUAGUCACAUCGCAAUUGUAGCUAGUCACCUUCACACAGGAGAUAUCUAAGGUUCGCCUUUGAGGGCAUAGCCUGCGACUAUCUCACCUUACCGUUCGGUCUGUCCCUUGCCCCACUGACAUUCACGAAGUGUGCCGAAGCUGCCCUAGCCCCCCUUCAUACAUUUUAUAUUUUAGUCAUUUAGCAGACGCUCUUAUCCAGAGCGACUUACAGUUAGUGAGUGCAUACAUUAUUUUUAUUUUAUUUUUUUCAUACUGGCCCCCCGUGGGAAUCAAACCCACAACCCUGGCGUUGCAAGCGCCAUGCUCUACCAACUGAGCUAUAUCCCUGCCGGCCAUUCCCUCCCCUACCCUGGGCCAAUUGUGCGCCGCCCCAUGGGUCUCCCGGUCGCGGCCGGCUACGACAGAGCCUGGAUUCCAACCAGGAUAUCUAGUGGCACAGCUAGCAAUGCGAUGCAGUGCCUUAGACCACUGCGCCACUCGGGAGAUAAAUGAGAGCGGCUUAAGAGUCCUGACGUACAUCAACGACUGGUUGAUCUGCACGGACACCCUGGCUCAGGCAGCGGAGCACACAGCCUAGCUGUUUGCUCUAGGCUUCAGGAUAAAUUGUGCCAAAAGCUCGCUCUUACCGACCCAGCAGAAAAUAUUUUUGGGAUUGUCUCUGGACUCUGUAGCCUGUCGAGCAUCCCUCACCAUGGAGAGAGCGACAGAUUUUCGCCACUGCCUCAGUGUUUUGCCCGGCAACAUCAGUCACGUACUGGAUGUGUCUGAGGCUUCUUGGGCUCAUGACCUCCAUGAUUGUGGUAGUUCUGCUUGGUCUCCUCCUCAUGAGAGGCUUCCAGCGUUGGGUGACCUCACUCCGCUUGGACCAGUCUCUCCCCACAGGCGCGUGCUUCUUUCUGCAAAGUGUCUAUCGGCACUUCAAUGCUGGAGAGACCAUCCCUCUUGAUGCGGGGCUGCCCUACUGGGAGAGUCUUCAUGUGCAAAGUACAGACAACGGAUGCAUCACUACAGGGAUGGGGGGGCAGUCCACGAAGGGCGUAAGGUGAACAGACUCUGAGUACAGCCCAUAUCAACAUUCUCGAGCUCUACACUGUGUUACUAGCCCUUCCUACAGGGCCAACAUGUCCUGGUCAGGUCGGACAAUACGUCAUGGUGGCGUAUGUCAACCGCCAAGGAGGAACGCGCUCCUGUCAACUUCACUCUCUGGCGAGAGAGAUCUUGCUAUGGAGCAGCGAACAUCUGUCUCUCAGAGCAAUACAUGUGCCAGGCAGACUAAACUCCGCCGUGGAUUUACUGUUGCGGGGUAACCCCCAACCAGGGGAGUGGCGACUUCAUCUCGAAGUCGUCAAGGAGGUGUGGGGGCAUUACGGCAGGCCUGCUGUCGAUCUGUACGCAUCGCAGGACAACACGAUCUAUACGCAUGAGAUCACAAUGCUCCUCUAGGCAUGGACGUGCUGGCCCACAAGUGGCCAGACGUGCUUCUGUACGCCUUCCCUCCAGUGGGCCUGAUCCUCCCCCUACUUUGGAUAGAGUGAGAGCGAACGGUCUAUCCCUCAUCCUGAUACCUCUCCUGGAGGGCUGGACGAUAUGGCCAAAUUAUGAUAUCACAGUAUUUUUAAAAAUUGGACGGUAUGACAGUAUUUUAUGGUAUUUUAUGUUUUUUAAUAAUUAAAGUUCAAAAUUUGCUUUAUGUGUAGUGCGUGACACUAGGGUGGCAAAACAUACAUUCUAAGUGAUUUCAAUGGGUCUUUCUCCAUUCUGAUUGUUUUAAACUGUUAAAUACAACAAAUUUAACAAUUUCUGCAUUUCCUGCACUCAUUUGAGAUAAUUUCCACACUGCCACAUAGGGUUGCAUGAUAUGGGCAAACAAUUUAGGCUUUAUUUUUAACCAAAUGUUGCAAUUGCUAUUUGACUUUUAGAGCAAAACACUUGGGUGAACUGUUGGAAUCAUGGAAAUAUAAGGAUUAUUCUAAUUCUAUAGUUAGAAUAUAAUAUUCGGCACUUUGAAUACAGUGUUGUUUGACAUGACAACGAAUGAAAAUGCCAGGGAGGAGUUAUUGUGACAGAUUAGGAACCAAAUUGUUGGUAAGUGUUUCCUAGGGGACCCUAAAAUCUUUGGCUACAUUGAAUGUUUUCCCUUCGCUACUUCAUGUAGCUAACAUAUUCAUGCUUUGCGUAUUCCUAUGUCGUCAUCAACAUUGUUGCAUCUGCUGAAUUGGCCAUGCAGACUGAAUGCAAGUGUCUCGUGAUAGAGGAACAACAAAUGCUCUCCUCGAGUGACGGGGCUUUGCUAGGUCUGUGUGGAAAGUGGUGUGGCGAGAGAGAGAGAGAGGACUCAAGUAGUGAAGUAAACUAUAAAAAUGGAUGUUACACACGGCGUAUCACAUUUAACAAACCAAACAUUCAAAUAUCGUUAUAGAAGGUAAAGUAAAAACCCAAACCGGUCCGUCCAUCAAUACUGGUAUAUCGUAAAAUACGGUAUACUGCCAAGGGUGAAAUAUUCCACCCUCAUCCGGAGCUGAUGGAUCUCUGGGCCUGGCCCGUGAGAGGUCCAACUUAGACUCCGUGGGCUUGCCUCCGAACGUGGUUGCCACAAUUCAGAGCGCCAGAGCCCCUUCUACAAGAGGUCUUUACGACCUGAAGUGGAGGGUAUUUGAGAGGUGGUGUGAGAGACGUGAGUUGGUCCACUUUCAGUGUUCCCUUCCAGCCGUUCUCUCCUUCCUAAAGGAAUUGCUCGACAAGGGCAAUGCCUUUUCCACCGUUAAGGUCUACUUGGCGGCGAUAUUAGCCUGCCAUGUAGGACUAGGUGAGACGACAACCGUCGUUUUAUGAAUGGAGCGCGCGGUCUCCAUCCGGUCUCCAAGCCACUUGCCCCAUCAUGGGACUUGGCGCUGGUUCUGGAUGUACUUACAGGCGAUCACUUUGAACCCCUGGAGACAGUGGAACUUAAGACUGUCUUAUAAGAUGGCCCUGUUGCUCGCCUUGGCCACAGCCAAGCACGUUAGCGACCUUCAUGUGCACUCAGUUCAUCCUUCAUGCACUGUUUGCCCCCAACUACUCAAAGGUUAUGAAUACGUGCUAACGCUGCGUUCAUUCCUAAGGUCAUUCCCAUGACUUCUAGUAGUCAAGCCCCUGACCUCUUCCCCUCCGCCGUUCUCUUCUCCAGAGCAGUGGGGCCUUAACACGUUGUGUCUGGUGCACACACCGCGCAUCUACAUGGACAGGACUAGGCCAUUCUGGAAUUGUGACCAACUGUUUGUUUGCUUUGCCACCCCGCUCAGGGUAGGGCUUGGUCCAAACAACGCCGCUCCCAUCGGGUAGUGGUGGCUGUCGCCAAGGCGUACAGUUGUCGGGGAUUGCAGUCUCCACUGGGUGUCCGUGCACAUUCCACUAUAGGAAUUGCCACGUCAUGGGCACUGUUCAGGAGGCAUCUCCGUCUUGGAGAUUUGUGUGGCGGCUAGUUGGGCUUCCCCUCACCUUUUGUGAGGUUCUAUCAUCUGGACGUUACUGCACACAGUCCUUGGCGCUGGAGCUGAGUAGGUUGGAUCAAGUACAUUACCAUGUACCACAAAAGGCUUCUCAGGAAACAGGCUAUUGGCAAUCGGGGUGUUUUUGCAAGUGUCCCAUAGUGAGAUGUCGAACCGAGUCGACUGAAAGAUAACUUUGAGUUACGGCAUUUAACCCCGGUUCUCUGAAGGAGAUGAGGGAGAUGUCUCACCAGAUUUCCCCUCAUGCACAACUCGUGUAAGAGGUAGUUCUUAGAAUGAGGAAACUAGAGCAGUGCAGGGUGUUUCUAUAGACACGAGGGGCGUACACCCACAAAGCUCACAUUGGCCUGUUAGGUGUGAUUGAAUAAGGCUUCAACCAAAGUCCCACAAAAGACGGCAUGUCCCAUAGUGAUAUGUCUCCCUCAUCUCCUUCAGAGAACCGGGGUUACAUACCAUAACCCAAAGUUUUAUGCUUAGUAGUACUGAUAGUGCCUGUGAUGGGGAAUUUUAAGAUCACUAAAGUUCAUAUUCUGUACACUGACUAUAUCGUUCUGUGAGUGUAACCCUUGUCAUUGUCUUUAGGCAGAUUGUGACAGAGUUAUAGUAAAUAUACAGUAACCUGUUUACAGGGAAAUGUAGUACUGUAAUUAACAUGCAGUCAAGAUCCCUCUCUUGCUCCUCACAGGCCCCUCCUCCAUAUGUCCAGCCACCAUUCUUUGGAAAUGACCUUCUACUUUCUUACUUGUACUGUAGUGUUGCUGAGCAAAUUUAGUUAGUUGUUCUAUCGCAUCAAUGUCUACUGGUCAUAAUGAGUGAUUCAUUCAAAUCUUCAAUUUUCAUCCAGGCUGUUCCAUACAAGAACAUGAUCAAUGGUGGACUCCACCCUGGACGCACCAUCAACAUCCAGGGAGUGGUUAACCCCAAUGCCAAUAGGUCUGAUCCUGCCUUAUUGUCUUUACAGUAACGGGGAACAACAGUGAGAAAUACACUUCCCCUGGAGUUAUAGGCACAAUAUAAAAUCAUAUAUACAGUACCAGUCAAAAGUUUGGACACACAUACUCAUUAAAGGGUUUUUCUUUAUUUUUACUAUUUUCUACAUUGUAGAAUAAUAGUGAAGACAUCAAAACUAUGAAAUAACACAUAUGGAAUCAUGUAGUAAAAAAGUGUUAAACAAAUCAAAAUAUAUUUCAUAUUUUAGAUUCUUCAAAGUUGCCACCCUUCGCCUUGAUGACAGUUUUGUACACUCUUGGCAUUCACUCAACCAGCUUCACCUGGAAUGCUUUUCCGACAGUUUUGAAGGAGUUCCCACAUAUGCUGAGCACUUGUUGGCUGCUUUUUCUUCACCCUGGUGUCCAACUCAUCCAAAACCAUCUCAAUUGGGUUGAAGACGGGUGAUUGUGGAGGCCAGGUCAUCUGAUGCAGCACUCCAUCACUCUCCUUUUUGGUAAAAUAGCCCUUACACAGCCUCGAGGUGUGUUGGGUCAUUGUCCUGUUGAAAAACAAUUGAUAGUCCCACUAAGCCCAAACCAGAUGGGAUAGUGUAUCGCUGCAGAAUGCUGAGCUAGCCAUGCUGGUUAAGUGUGCCUUGAAUUCUAAAUAAAUCACAGACAGUGUCACCAGCAAAGCACCCCCACACCUUCACACCUCCUCCUGCAUGCUUCACGGUGGGAAUCACACAUGCGGAGACCAUCCGUUCACCUACUCUGCAUCUCACAAAGACACGGCGGUUAGAACGGAAAACCUCCAAUUUGGACUCCAGACAAAAGAACAGAUUUCCACCGGUCUAAUGUCCAUUUCUCGUGUUUCUUGGCCCAAGCAAGUCUUCUUCUUAUUGGUGACCUUUUAGUAGUGGUUUCUUUGCAGCAAUUCGACCAUGAAGGCCUGAUUCACGCAGUCUCCUCUAAACAGUUGAUGUUGAGAUGUGUAUGUUACUUGAACUCUGUGAAGCAUUUAUUUGGGCUGCAAUUUCUGAGGCUGGUAACUCUAAUGAACUUAUCCUCUGCAGCAGAGGUAACUCUGGGUCUUCCUUUCCUGUGGCAGUCCUCAUGAGAGCCAGUUCCAUCAUGGAGCUUGAUGGUUUUUGCGACUGCACUUGAAGAAACUUUUAAAGUUCUUGAAAUGUUCCGUAUUGACUGACCUUCAUGUCUUAAAGUAAUGAUGGACUGUCAUUUCUCUUUGCUUAUUUGAGCUGUUCUUGCCAUAAUAUGGAAUUGGUCUUUUACCAAAUAGGGCCAUCUUCUGUAUACCACCCCUACCUUGUCACAACACAACUGAUUGUCUCAAAUGCAUUAAGAAGGAAAGAAAUUCCACAAAUUAACUUUUAACAAGGCACACCCGUUGAUUGAAAUGCAUUCCAGGUGACUACCUCAUGAAGCUGGUUGAGAUAAUGCCAAGAGAGUGCAAAGCUGUCAUCAAGGCAAAGGGUGGCUACUUUAAAGAAUCAAAUCAAAAUAUAAUUUAACACGUUUUUGGUUACUACAUGAUUCCAUGUGUUAUUUCAUAGUUUUACAUUUUUUAGUCAUUUAGCAGACGCUCUUAUCCAGAGCCACUUACAGGAGCAAUUAGGGUUAAGUGCCUUGCUCAAGAGCACAUCGACAGAUUUUUCACCUAGUUGGCUCGGGGAUUAGAACCAGCGACCUUUCGGUUACUGCCACAACGCUCUUAACCACUAAGCUACCUGCCGCCCUGUCUUCACUAUUAUUCUACAAUGUAGAAAAUAGUAAAAAUAAAGAAAAACCCUGGAAUGAGUAAGUGUAUCCAAACUUUUGACUGGUACUGUAUAUUUAAAUGAAAAAAAGCAUAGAAGAAAUUUAGCAAUUCUAGUUCACCUCAUUUCCAUGGUAUUGCAAGUGUGUGUCAAUUAGUCCUUGGCUUAGAAAGAGGUAGGCCUACAAAACAUACUGGAGGGUGAAACUAUAGCAGUUCUCCGGUCAUGGUUUCUCCCCAACACUGAUCUUAUCCUUUUCCCCUUGCCUAUAGGUUCCACGUUAACCUACUGUGCAACUCUGGGAUUGCGCUGCACUACAACCCCCGAUUUGACGAGACCCUAGUGGUACGCAACACCAAGCUGAGAGACCAGUGGGGAAAGGAGGAGCGCUCUGGUGGAAUGCCCUUCCACAGGGGCCAGGCCUUCACGGUAAACCAUCCACUUUCAUCUAAGACUGGCGUUACACGACGCAGCUUGUAUACAAUCUCAGUUUCAAGGAUGAAUAAUUAUUUAUUGUUUCAGCACCAAGCAUGCCACUUAUCUUUCUGUCUAGCUAAGCCCUUUCCUGAUACUGAUUUCCUUGCUGGUUUAGUCACUCACUGUGGCAUGACAUUCAUUAGAGAGAUGAUCCACGUUAAAGAUGCUGGACUGUUUCUCUCUUUAUAUCAGAGACUGAGUACUAAUAUGGCUAGUUUGGUCUUUUCAGCUGUCUAUUUACUGUGAGGCUCAGUGCUACAAGAUAGUGGUCAACGGGAAUCAGACGAGCAACUACAAACACCGCCACACCCUCCUCCAGCAGGUCAACGUCCUGGAGGUGGAUGGAGACCUCAGUUUGACCUCUGUGAUGGUUUAGUGCUGUGGGUCACAACUUUCUUCGGUGACCUAGCCACUAAUUUCGUUUUGUGUCACCUCUGACCCAAACCAUUUGUGUUUUUUUAAUCUGUUCUUGCUGCAAAAAAAAUUACAUUCACUUUGUUUCUUUACUGCAGGCACUGCCUGUUAGACUACCUAACUUGCUAAUUUAUUAUUAGUGAGUGCCGUGCCAUCGACUUCAAGGAUGAGAAAUGUGUUCCUGUUUAUUAUAAAUCACAGUAGAAAGCCAUUAGAAAUCACAUUGAUUGCUUUAGCCAUGUUUCUUGCUACAAAAAUUCUUGAAUCAUUAUUAUUUAGUGAUAUAAUGCCAGAUCUGACGUUAUCUACCAUGAGAAGUACCCUGAGGACAAUGUCUGGUAAUGUGUAGCCUAGUUCAUCACCAGUGGUCUCUAUACUCUUUUUAAACAUUUUAAGAUAUAUAUAUUAUGUGUUCUUUUUUUUUCAAAUGUGAAAAUAUGUGUAGUAAGACUAGCUAUGCCUCUAAAUCAGGGCUCUCCAACCCUGUUCCUGGAGAGCUACUGUCCUGUAGGUUUUCACUCCAACCC